ACUAUCUGACACAUUUAAAACAUGUUCCGACUAUUCACAAUUACCUUUGCUCUCCUUGCUAUCUCAGCUCUUUCUGCUCCAGUCGAAUAUCCAACUGAAGAACAAGCAAGAGCCGAACUCAAAGCAGCUGGAAUGUCUCAACCAAGUAUUGAUGGAAUAUUUUCUUUGAUUCAAAGAUUUGCUGCUGGAUUCCCAAUGGUUCAAUCAAAUAAAGAAGCAACUGAUAAAUUCAUUGCUGAAUACACUGCUGAUGCUCAGAACUUUAUGAAUUCUAUGCCGGCUGGGGAUCAGACAAUCUACAACAAUAUGUUGAAAAAGUAUGGUCUUGCAUAGACACUUGCAUUGAAUUUGAAAUAAAAGUUUUUGCUA